AGUGCUCUCAGCUUUUUGGUUGAAGCCCCUCUGCUUUCAGUCUGAAGGCAGGGCCCGGACGAGGACGGAUCGGAGGGUCCCAGGCGGCGGGGCCAACCGAGAGGGAGAGGAGGGGGCGAGAGACAGGAAGGAAGCAAACCAUCAAAUUUAAAAGAAAAAGCCCUUUGACUUUUUACCUCCUCUCCCUCCCCAAUGGCUGUGUAGCAAACAUCGGCAAUACCUUGGAAGGGACGAAGUCGGUCUGCAAUCGCAAUUUCGUGGGUUGAGUUCACAGUUGUGAGCGCGGGGCUUGGAGAUGGAGCCGUGGUCCUCUAGGUGGAAAACGAAACGGUGGCUCUGGGAUUUCACCAUAACAACCCUCGCAUUGACUUUCCUCUUCCAAGUUAGAGAGGUCAGAGGAGCUGCUCCAGUUGAUGUACUUAAAGCACUAGAUUUUCACAAUUCUCCAGAGGGAAUAUCAAAGACAACAGGAUUUUGCACAAACAGAAAGAACUCUAAAGGUUCAGAUACUGCUUACAGAGUUUCAAAACUAGCACAACUCAGUGCUCCGACAAAACAGUUAUUUCCAGGUGGAACUUUUCCAGAAGAUUUUUCAAUAUUAUUUACAGUAAAACCCAAAAAAGGAAUUCAGUCUUUCCUCUUAUCUAUAUACAAUGAGCAUGGUAUUCAACAAAUUGGUGUUGAGGUUGGGAGAUCCCCUGUUUUUCUGUUUGAAGACCACACUGGAAAACCUGCCCCAGAAGAUUAUCCCCUCUUCAGGACUGUUAACAUUGCUGAUGGGAAGUGGCAUCGGGUGGCAAUCAGUGUGGAAAAGAAAACUGUGACCAUGAUUGUUGACUGUAAGAAGAAAACCACAAAACCACUUGAUAGAAGUGAAAGAUCAAUUGUUGAUACCAAUGGAAUCACGGUUUUUGGAACAAGGAUUUUGGAUGAAGAAGUUUUCGAGGGGGACAUCCAGCAGUUUUUGAUCACAGGUGACCCCAAGGCAGCAUAUGACUACUGUGAGCAUUAUAGUCCAGACUGUGACUCUUCAGCACCCAAAGCUGCUCAGGCUCAGGAACCUCAGGUAGACGAGUAUGCACCUGAGGAUAUAAUGGAAUAUGAGUAUGAGUACGGGGAGACAGAGUAUAAGGAGGCUGGAAGUGUAACAGAGAGCCCCACUGUAACUGAGGAGACAAUAGCACAAACAGAGAAAAAGAAAUCCAAUUUCAAAAUGAAGAUGAGGACAGUGGCCACUAACUCAAAGGAAAAAUUCAAAAAGUUUACACCCCCCAAAACCAAGAAGAAGAAAAGUUAUCAAGCAGCAGCAAAAGCCAAACUAGGGGCAAAUGUUAUUGAUGAUUUUCAAGAAUAUAACUAUGGAACAAUGGACAGUUAUCAGACAGAAGCUCCUAGGCGUGUAUCUGGAUCAAAUGAGCCAAAUCCUGUUGAAGACGUUUUCACAGAAGAAUAUCUAACUGGAGAGGAUUAUGAUCCCCAGAGGAAAAAUUUCGAGGACACACUAUAUGAAAACAAAGAAAUAGACGGCAGGGACUCUGAUCUUCUGGUAGAUGGAGAUUUAGGCGAAUAUUUUUAUGAAUAUAAAGAAUAUGAAGAUAAACCAACAAGCCCCCCUAAUGAAGAAUUUGGUCCAGGUGUACCAGCAGAAACUGAUUUCACAGAAACAAGUAUAAAUGGCCAUGGUGCAUAUGGAGAAAAAGGGCAGAAGGGAGAGCCAGCAGUGGUUGAACCUGGUAUGCUAGUUGAAGGACCACCAGGGCCAGCAGGACCUGCGGGUCUUAUGGGCCCUCCAGGUCUACAAGGCCCCUCUGGACCUCCUGGUGACCCUGGCGAUAGGGGACCCCCAGGACGUCCUGGCUUACCAGGGGCUGAUGGUCUACCAGGUCCUCCUGGUACCAUGUUAAUGUUACCGUUCCGUUAUGGGGGUGAUAGUUCCAAAGGACCAACCAUCUCUGCUCAGGAAGCUCAGGCUCAAGCUAUUCUGCAGCAAGCUCGGAUUGCUCUAAGAGGCCCUCCUGGCCCAAUGGGCCUAACUGGAAGACCAGGUCCUGUGGGCGGGCCUGGUUCAGCUGGGGCCAAAGGUGAGAGUGGUGACCCAGGUCCUCAGGGCCCGAGAGGUGUCCAAGGUCCUCCUGGUCCAACUGGAAAACCCGGGAAAAGGGGUCGUCCAGGUGCUGAUGGAGGAAGAGGAAUGCCAGGAGAGCCUGGGGCAAAGGGAGAUCGAGGGUUUGAUGGACUUCCAGGUCUGCCAGGUGACAAAGGUCACAGGGGUGAAAGAGGCCCCCAAGGUCCUCCAGGUCCUCCUGGUGAUGAUGGAAUGAGGGGAGAAGAUGGAGAAAUAGGACCCAGGGGUCUUCCAGGUGAAGCUGGCCCACGAGGUUUGCUGGGACCAAGGGGAACUCCAGGACCUCCAGGGCAACCUGGUAUUGCAGGUAUAGAUGGACCCCCAGGACCAAAAGGGAACAUGGGUCCUCAAGGGGAGCCUGGGCCUCCAGGUCAGCAAGGGAAUCCAGGACCUCAAGGUCUUCCUGGUCCACAAGGUCCAAUUGGUCCUCCGGGUGAAAAGGGACCCCAAGGAAAACCAGGUCUUGCUGGACUUCCUGGUGCUGAUGGACCACCUGGUCAUCCUGGAAAAGAAGGCCAGUCUGGAGAAAAGGGUGCUUUGGGUCCCCCUGGUCCCCAAGGUCCUAUUGGCUACCCUGGUCCUCGAGGAGUAAAGGGAGCAGAUGGCGUCAGAGGUCUCAAGGGAUCUAAAGGUGAAAAGGGUGAAGAUGGCUUUCCAGGAUUCAAAGGUGACAUGGGUCUUAAAGGUGACAGAGGAGAAGUUGGUCAAAUUGGUCCAAGAGGAGAAGAUGGUCCUGAAGGCCCCAAAGGUCGCGCAGGUCCCACUGGAGACCCAGGUCCUUCUGGUCAAGCAGGAGAGAAGGGGAAACUUGGAGUUCCAGGAUUGCCAGGAUAUCCAGGAAGACAAGGUCCUAAGGGUUCCACUGGAUUUCCUGGGUUUCCAGGUGCCAAUGGGGAGAAAGGUGCACGGGGAGUUGCUGGCAAGCCAGGCCCUCGGGGUCAGCGUGGUCCAACGGGUCCUCGAGGUUCCAGAGGUGCAAGAGGUCCCACUGGGAAACCUGGUGCAAAGGGUACUUCGGGAGGUGAUGGCCCUCCUGGCCCUCCAGGUGAAAGAGGUCCUCAAGGACCUCAGGGUCCAGUUGGAUUUCCUGGUCCAAAAGGUCCUCCUGGUCCACCUGGGAAGGAUGGACUGCCAGGACACCCUGGACAACGUGGUGAGACUGGAUUUCAAGGCAAGACUGGCCCCCCAGGGCCAGGGGGUGUUGUUGGACCACAGGGACCAACUGGCGAGACUGGUCCUAUAGGUGAACGUGGGCACCCUGGUCCUCCUGGCCCUCCUGGUGAGCAAGGUCUUCCUGGUGCUGCAGGAAAAGAAGGUGCAAAGGGUGAUCCAGGUCCUCAAGGUAUCUCAGGGAAAGAUGGACCAGCAGGAUUACGUGGUUUUCCAGGUGAACGAGGUCUUCCUGGAGCUCAGGGUGCACCUGGACUGAAAGGAGGAGAAGGUCCCCAGGGCCCCCCAGGUCCAGUUGGCUCACCAGGAGAACGUGGUUCAGCAGGUACUGCUGGCCCAAUUGGUUUGCCAGGGCGUCCGGGACCCCAAGGGCCCCCUGGUCCAGCUGGAGAGAAGGGUGCUCCUGGAGAAAAAGGUCCUCAAGGCCCUGCGGGGAGAGAUGGAGUGCAGGGCCCUGUGGGUCUCCCAGGACCCGCUGGUCCGGCUGGCUCCCCUGGAGAAGAUGGAGACAAGGGUGAAAUUGGUGAACCAGGACAAAAAGGCAGCAAAGGGGACAAAGGAGAAAACGGUCCUCCUGGUCCUCCAGGUCUUCAAGGACCAGUUGGUGCCCCAGGAAUUGCUGGAGGUGAUGGAGAACCAGGUCCCAGAGGACAGCAGGGAAUGUUUGGACAGAAAGGUGAUGAGGGUGCAAGAGGUUUCCCUGGACCUCCUGGUCCCAUAGGUCUUCAGGGUCUACCAGGACCACCUGGUGAAAAAGGUGAAAAUGGAGAUGUUGGCCCCAUGGGUCCACCUGGUCCUCCUGGCCCAAGAGGCCCUCAAGGUCCCAAUGGAGCUGACGGACCUCAAGGACCCCCAGGAUCUGUUGGUUCAGUUGGUGGUGUUGGAGAAAAGGGUGAACCAGGAGAAGCAGGGAACCCAGGGCCUCCUGGAGAAGCAGGCUCAGGUGGUCCCAAAGGAGAAAGAGGAGAAAAAGGAGAAGCUGGUCCACCUGGUGCUGCUGGACCUCCUGGUGUCAAGGGGCCACCAGGUGAUGAUGGCCCCAAGGGUAACCCGGGUCCUGUUGGCUUUCCUGGAGAUCCUGGUCCUCCUGGGGAACCUGGCCCUGCAGGUCAAGAUGGUGUUGGUGGUGACAAAGGUGAAGAUGGAGAUCCUGGGCAACCGGGUCCUCCUGGUCCAUCUGGUGAGGCUGGCCCACCAGGUCCUCCUGGAAAAAGAGGUCCUCCUGGAGCUGCAGGUGCAGAGGGAAGACAAGGUGAAAAAGGGGCUAAGGGAGAAGCAGGUGCUGAAGGUCCUCCUGGGAAAACUGGCCCAGUUGGUCCUCAGGGUCCUGCUGGAAAGCCUGGUCCAGAAGGUCUCCGGGGCAUCCCUGGCCCUGUGGGAGAACAAGGUCUCCCUGGAGCUGCAGGCCAAGAUGGACCACCUGGUCCUAUGGGACCUCCUGGUUUACCUGGUCUCAAAGGAGAUCCUGGCUCCAAGGGUGAGAAGGGGCAUCCUGGUUUAAUUGGCUUGAUUGGUCCUCCAGGAGAGCAAGGGGAAAAGGGUGACAGAGGACUCCCUGGAACUCAAGGGUCUCCAGGAGCAAAGGGGGAUGGGGGAAUUCCAGGUCCUGCUGGUCCCAUUGGCCCACCUGGUCCUCCAGGCUUACCCGGUCCUCAAGGUCCCAAGGGUAACAAAGGCUCCUCUGGACCUGCUGGCCAGAAGGGUGACAGCGGUCUUCCAGGGCCUCCUGGGCCUCCGGGUCCACCUGGUGAAGUCAUUCAGCCUUUACCAAUCUUGUCAUCCAAAAAAACAAGAAGACAUACUGAAAGCAUGCAAGAUGAUAUGGGCGAUAAUAUUCUCGAUUACUCUGAUGGAAUGGAGGAAAUAUUUGGUUCCCUCAAUUCCCUGAAGCAAGACAUUGAGCAUAUGAAGUUUCCAAUGGGUACUCAGACCAAUCCUGCCCGAACUUGCAAAGACCUGCAACUCAGCCACCCUGACUUCCCAGAUGGUGAAUACUGGAUUGAUCCUAACCAAGGUUGCUCAGGAGAUUCCUUCAAAGUUUAUUGUAAUUUCACAUCUGGUGGUGAGACUUGCAUUUAUCCAGACAAAAAGUCAGAGGGAGUAAGAAUUUCAUCAUGGCCAAAGGAAAAACCAGGAAGUUGGUUUAGUGAAUUUAAGAGAGGAAAAUUGCUUUCAUAUUUAGAUAUUGAAGGCAAUUCCAUUAACAUGGUGCAAAUGACAUUCCUAAAACUCCUCACUGCCUCUGCUCGGCAAAAUUUCACCUACAACUGUCAUCAGUCGGCUGCCUGGUAUGAUGUGUCAUCAGGAAGUUAUGACAAAGCACUUCGGUUCCUGGGAUCAAAUGAUGAGGAGAUGUCCUAUGAUAACAACCCCUACAUCAAAGCACUGCAUGAUGGCUGUGCGUCCAGAAAAGGCUAUGAAAAGACUGUGAUUGAAAUCAACACACCGAAAAUUGAUCAAGUACCUAUCAUUGAUGUAAUGAUCAAUGACUUUGGUGAUCAGAAUCAAAAGUUUGGAUUUGAAGUUGGUCCAGUUUGCUUUCUUGGCUAAGAUUAAGAUGAAGAACCUAUGAAACCAACAGAAAAUAUACCUUGGUGCCACCGACCCAUUUCAUGCCACAUGCAAGUUUUGAAUAAGGAUGGUAUAGAGUACAACUUCCUAUGUAUACUUGUACCAUUUAAUACUGAUGCCCUUGAAGGGGCAAAAACAUGUGAAAAGAGCUUUGAAAAUCAUUAAGAUAUAAGAUAGUGUGGCUGAGAUGGAAACAGGGCUGAUUCUUAAUUCUCGACCCUCAUCUCUCCUUUUCCUAUUUGGAUUUCUUUGGUGCUGUAGAAAAAAAAAAAGAGAGAAAAAUAUAUAUUCAUAAAAAAAUAUGGUGCUCAUUCCCGUCCAAGGAUAUGCUAAAACAGCGUGUUUAAUAAAUUGUAAUUAUUUUAUGUACAGUUCUAUACUGUUAUCUAUGUGUCCAUUUCCAAAACUUGCACGUGUCUCAGAAUCCCAUCUGACUCAAAUUUUAUGACAAUUGCGGAACCAUGAUGGCAAUAAAUAUAUGUAUUACAAAAAAUAAAGUUGCAAUUUCUGAUGUCUCUAAUUCCCUUUCUUUUAUUAAUAAUAAAAUGCCUUUGUAUAUAUUGAUGUUGAAGAGUUCAAUUAUUUGAUGUCGCUGACCAGUUUCUCAGAGGGCAAAACCUGGAAGACUUUUGGGAGCACACUACAAUCAACUCUUCUCUGCUGACAGUAACUUUAAUGAAAUUCAGCCAAAAAUAUUCAUUUUGGUGUUUUACUCAAUGCUAUACCUCAAACUAUUUCUUCUCAGAAUCCAGGAUUUCACAGGAUACUUGUAUAUAUGGGAAAAAAAACAAGUUUAUAUUUUUGAACAGGGAAAUAUGUAUGAGAAAUAUUUUAACAAAGUGAUGCCUCCAUCAUGCAAACAACCUUAUGUACAAUUUUUUCUCUAUCUCAUUGUUUUCAGUGUGCUUCAAUAAAGCAGGUUUAUAUUAAAGAUGGAAACUAAGCAAUUAUUUAUGAAUUUGUGCAAUGUUAGAUUUUUAAUCAGUCAACUUCUUGAAUUUGAUUCCGAGUUGCAUAUUAUAAUAGUCUCUAUUAUUUUACCUGCCCAACAAAUACUAUUUCUUAACUUUAAAGAUAACAUCAUCCAUCAUUUGACCAACCUGAUAGCUAAAUAACACAUGGGUGGACUGUUUGAAGUCAUACUUAAGAUAAUUGGAACAUAUUUUUCACUAAGGUAUUUUCUUUCAGGUAGCUUGAAACAGCAGUAAAAUUUAAAAAUUUCAAACUGGACUUUGUAUCUAUUUUUAAGUAAUAUAUGUAAGACUUGAAAAUAAAUGUUUUAUUAUUUCUUAUAUGAAGUGUAAAAUUAAUUGAUACCAGAUUCCACUGGAACAUUUUCAACUGAUAAUUUAUCACUAAAGAACAUACCUGUAAUAUUAAAAUUAAAACGUGAACAUCUGUCAUUCAGAAUUUAUUUUAUUUUUGAAAUUAAGUUUGUAAAUGUCCUUUCAAGAAGGGAGUUUUGAAUCGC